UGUGCGUGUUCGUAGUCUCUCUGCAGUAUGUUGGCUAAUUAGUGCUGCACUGAUCCUCCUCACAUGGUCAGAACUUUGAUGCAGGUAACAACCAGCACAUCUAACAAUCGGGAUCUACUUCAGUGGUCGCUGAUGAUCGGGAGAUGAUGGGACCGUUGGUGAUCUGUGUGUUUGCCGCCGUGUUCAACCAUGUUUCUGCCUCUACAGAAGUCUGCACCAAUACCCUCCUGCCUGGAGCGAAAGGAGACCAGGGUGAGAUUGGAGAUGAGGGCGACCAGGGAAAACUGGGGAAGGAUGGACCAGCAGGACUUCCAGGAGUGCCAGGAGAGAUGGGGCUUAAAGGCGAGAUGGGCCACUCAGGGAAGAUGGGACCUGCUGGAGACAAAGGUGACACAGGUGACGCAGGUUUGGAGGGGCCGUCUGGUUUUAAAGGACAAACAGGCACAACAUGUGACUGUGGCAGGUACAGGAAGGUGGUAGGACAGCUGGACAUCAAUGUAGGCAAGCUGAGGAAUGCUGUCAAGUUUGUGAAGAAUGUCAUCUUGGGGCUGAAGGAAACAGAAGAGAGGUACUACCUGCUGGUGAAGGAGCCAAAGAGAUUCAGAGAGGCCUCAAUGAACUGCAAGCUAAGAGGAGGCACCCUGGCCAUGCCAAAAACCAGCAACACAAACCAGCUGAUGGCAAACUAUGUUGGCGAGGCAGGACUAACAAGAGUUUACGUAGGAGUGCAGGCUCAAAGCAAGGACACAGACGGAACAAGCAGUUAUGUUUAUGCAGACUCCAGCCCUCUGCAGGCCUUUUCAUCCUGGAGCCCAGAGGAGGAGCUACUUUCUGCCACCCCAAACUCCACCUGCGUGGAGCUGCUCAGCACUGGAUCAUGGGCUCAUGUGGAGUGCGAGGUGGCCAUGUUUUUCAUCUGCGAGUUCCCAAAGAGCAGACGAAGAGGAGGAGGAAGAGGGGCACCUGCUCUGGCAUCAUCAUGAGUCAAUGAGACAUUCAGACUUGCAUUUAGAGGAGAUAAAAGCAUAUCUACAUUAUGUUUUAUAGUAAUGGCAGUUUAUGUGAUGAAAAUAACUGCAAUAAAAAUAACUUGUGCUGGCAUAAUCA